GACUGACGACUCACCGUCGACGCCGUCUCCGACGUUGAAGCCUCUCGGUUAGCUUGUUUUUUCUCCUACAGCGCCAGCUUCAAGACAACAGCUGAGCUUAAGCUUAGGUUUUAACUCACAGUGGGCAAGCGGCUUUUAGUCGCGUCCUCGUCGUAGCCUAUCUGUCUGCUGCAUUUCAUUACUUGUGUUCACUUUAUUUCAUUACUUUUUCAACGGAUUCACAGAUGGCAACUACCGCUCGCCAGCCUAAACCAAGAGGGAAGGGAAUGGCAGAUCCUCCUCGUCGUCCUGCUUGGCAGACUGGCACAAGGCCAAAUUCCACGUUAUCACCAACGAACAAUCCGGCUCGUCUCCCUCCUUCAGCUAAUCAGGGGGGCUUCCCUCCACUAGGUGCUCAGACUAAUGGCUCUCGCAUUCACGACCCCACCCAGGACCGUCCUCUUCAUAUUCUUUCUGGACUUACUGGCACAACUAUUACCCUGACCACCAAAACUGCUCAGCGAUACGAGGGCGUCAUUUCAUCUACUGCUAGUGAGGGUGAUACCAGUGGUAUCAUCCUCAAGGACGUCAAGGAGAUUUCAAAGCCUGGCGCACCACUCAAGGAGUCAUUCUUCAUCCCCUCCACUAACAUCGACACUUGGCAGUCUGGUCCCGCUGACGCUAAGAUGCCAGUUCCAAAUGGUGACUCUUUCAGAACAGAUGCGGAUAUCAGCAAGAACAAGUCAGUCCGUGAACGGGAACUCCAAGCAUGGCAACCAAUUGCAUCCGCUACUGCUGCUGCUAGCUCCCCACCUCCAGCGGGUAUGCAUCAUGAGGGUCUCGGCGAUGAACUCACCUUUGGCCCGGGCUCGGGCGCUAACACAUCUUGGGAUCAAUUCGCGGCUAAUGAACAAAUGUUCGGCGUUACUACUACUUUUGACGAGGAGGUUUACACCACUAAGUUGGAUCGGACGGCUGCUGAUUAUAAAGAGAAGGAGCGCAAGGCUCAGCGCAUUGCUAGCGAAAUAUUGAACGGCGCCGUAAACAAUCCUCAUGUAGCAGAGGAAAGGAAUUUGAAUGUUGACGAUAGUGGUGUGAACGAGGAAGACAAAUUUGGUGCUGUUGUCCGAGGGCAGAACGCUUAUGUUCCACCAGGUGCUCGCAAACUACAGGCCACUGGACCAGCCUCGGGAACGAGCCCUCCUCCAAAAGAUGUUCCUAAAGUAUCUGUCAAUGGCCCUGACGGUACCCCCGUUGCUGCAAAGGACGCGGCGCCUCUUGCUGUCAAGUCUCCUUCUCCUGCACCAUCAACAUCAUCGGCUUCUAAUAAGCCCCCGGCGGAUCCAUUGCCGGCGUUCCGUGACUUUGUAACGAAUGAGAGACAGCGCUUGACGCAAAAGAAGCAGGCGCUUGUUAAGAGUGAGAUGGACAAACGGAAGGCUGAGCUGCUGAAAUUCAGCCAGACGUUCAAGUUGAACAAGCCCAUCCCGGAUGAUUUGGUUCCAAUUCUUGCCAAGGAUGAAGAGAAACAGCGACAGAUUCGGGAGAAGGCAUCGGUGGAUGCUGCCUCGACCACCGCUCGUGCCAUUGGUGUCACCGCUACUCUUAAUACGUCCCCUAGCGUGUCUCGUAUGCCGACUUCCACCUCUAACAAGAUCGUUCCGGCUACCGCGAAGCCUACUCCUGCUCCGCCCGCCAUCCCAAAGGUACCCGUCGCUGGUACCUCCGCCUCUGUCGUCAAACCCAUUGCUACGAAGCCCAGUGAACUCGGCAAGAAGAACGCGGUCAAUAUGUACAUACAGCCCAUCCCGCCAUUCAAGGGCGCGAAGCGCUCGACCACGCCAUUGCCUGGCCCGGCGGCCCAAACGAACGGCGCUGCCGUGCCUACGUCGCCCACCACCACCGCAAACAGGCUCAAUGCGAACGCCUCGUCGUUCAGGCCCAAUCCAAAGGGUCCUACGUCUCCGAUUCCGAGUUCUACGUCAGCCUCCGCGUCGCCGAAGGCUAAGCCUGCUGAAUCGUCACCUCCUACACCCAAUCCAUUCUUUGGCGCCAAGAUCAUGAAGAAAGGAGCGGUUCAUAUCAAGGAUGAUUUCAAUCCAUUCAAGCAUAACAAAGUCGUGGAGGCGAACCAAAUCACUGCUAUCUGGCCUUACAGUGGCAAGCGCUACAUGCAUAUGUUCCCUCCCCUGCAACACCAAUCGCCUCAGCAACCCGUCCACAUCGCGCCGCCCGGUCCGCCGCCCGUCUCACACCCUGUAUACGAAGACGGCGGCGAACAACGUGUUUACUACUACCCAUACUACCCUGGACAGCCCAUGAUGCCUGGCAUGGCUCCACCACCACCUGGUGCAUAUGUAUCAACGCCAUUCAUGCAACAAAUGGUGUACCCGCCAGGGAUUCCACCAAACGGCCAACCCAUGUAUGCCGCAUCGCCUAUGCCUCAGAUGCCUCCACCACAAUACAUGCAACCACCACCUGGCACGUACCCUCCCCCACCCAACGGUGCUGGUCCACGCCCAUCCAUGCCACCUACUCCCAUCCCCUCUCACGCGCACGCAUACUACCACCAAAGCCCACAACUACAACACGCUGUCCCUUACCCUAUGAUGAUGCCGCCUGCAGGGCCAAAUGGUCCUCCUCACCCAUAUGAAGCUGGCCCGGCUCCUCCACAGAUGGGUGGUGUGGGCCAUGCAUGAUUGAGCGACAGGUAGCAUGGUAUCCGCAUCUUUUCUCCUCGUUAUCUGUUGUCCGCUGUCUUCACGCAGUUAUGUCAUUGUUGUUGUGUUUCAUAGUCCAGAUGUCUUCUGGGCGCAUGUUGUAGCUAUCAAUCUCUGACAUUAAUUGA